AUGUACCAUGACAUUAAUAGCAUACCUCUGAUUGUCUUGCAGCAAAUUCCAGAUGUGUCUCCAACAGGAAAAUUCACAACUCUCUUGCCUUUGAUGAUUAUUCUCAUCUUUUCAGCCAUCAAAGAGAUUGUAGAAGAUUAUAAACGACACAUAGCAGAUAAAAAAGUUAAUACAAAGAAUACAGUAGUGUUAAGACAAGAUUCAUGGCAUGUGAUUAAGUGGGAAGAGGUGAACGUGGGUGACAUUGUGAAGGCCUUCAACGGGGAGUUCCUUACUGCAGACAUGGUCCUGAUUUCUUCCAGUGAGCCUCAGUCGAUGUGUUACAUAGAAACAUCUAACCUGGAUGGAGAGACUAACCUAAAGAUAUGGCAGGAUUUUCAUGGGAGCAUCUUUUAUGUAGCGAGUCAGCGGAUGCUGGAGAGGAAGAAGGCAAGGAAACAUUGCCAGGUUCCAGUUCGGCCCCACCAGGUCUUGCUAAGAGGUACCCAGCUUAGAAAUACUCAGUGGGUCAUUGGUAUAGUUGUUUACACUAGAUUUGAAACCAAACUCUUGCAGUUAGCAUCAUCUAAUUCCGUCAAGUCACCUCUGAAGAGAUCAAAUGCUGAGAAGGUGACCAGUGUGCAAAUCCUCAUUUUGUUCCUGGUGCUUCUGGUCAUGUCCGGGAGCUGUGUGAGGACCACGCUCUGGAGUCAAAUGUUUGGCACAGACAUUUGGUAUAUGAGGAAGGGUGACUUCCACAACCUUGGCUUUGACCUUCUGGUGUUCAUCAUCCUGUGCCACAACCUCAUCCCCAUCAGUCUGCUGGUCACUCUGGAAGUUGUGAAAUAUGUCCAGGCCCUGUUCAUAAACUGGGAUGAAGACAUGCACUACAGAGUCAAUAAUGUCUACGCCAUGGCCAGGACAUCCAAUCUCAAUGAGGAGCUUGGGCAGGUGAAAUACUUAUUUUCUGAUAAAACAGGAACCCUCACCUGCAAUAUUAUGACAUUUAAGAAGUGCACCAUUGCAGGUAUAAUUUAUGGGUGUUUUUAUUGCCUUACUCUUCAGACACCUUCUUCCAGCACAGAGCCCUUUGAAUUUGACCCCCGACUAGUGGAAAACUUUGAGAAUGGCCAUGACACAGUGAUUUAUGAGAGACUUUCAAAAGAUUCUCUGUUUGUGCAGGAGACAUUAGCCCAUCUGGAACAUUUUGCCAGAGAAGGUCUGAGAACUCUCUGUGUGGCUUACACUGACCUAACUGAGAAAGAAUACAAGGUGUGAUUGGAGAAGUAUAAAAAAGCAAGUCUAGUUCUACAAAACAGAAUUCAAAAAGUGAAAGAAUGCUAUGAUAGUGUUGAAAAGAAUUUUCUGCUGCUUGGAGCCACAGCCCUUGAAGACCGUCUUCAAGCACGUUUUCCAGAAACUAAAACUUUACUGAAAGCAGACAUAAGAAUAUGGGUCUUGACAGGAGACAAACAAGAAACGGCAAUUAACAUAGCAUAUUUCUGCAAACUGAUAUCAGGUCAAAUGCCUCGUAUUCACUUGAAGACAAAUUCAUUUGAGGUAACACAACAAGCAAUCAAUCAGAACUGUCAAGAUCUUGAACACUUUAAAGAAAAUGAUCUGGCCCUAAUCGUUGAUGGUGAAAUAUUGAAGUAUGCCCUCAAUUUUCCAAUUAAGAAGAAGUUUCUAACUUUGGCCCUCUCAUGUAGAACAGUAUUAUGUUGUAGGCUCUCUCCCAUCCAGAAGGCUGAAAUAGUGGACACUGUCAAAAGGCAUGUAAAUGCUACCACCUUCGCCAUCAGGGACGGUGCCAAUGACGUUGGAAUGAUCCAGAUGGCCCACAUAGGCAUGGCAAUCAGCGGGAACGAGGGCAUACGGGCCACCAACAACUCGGAUUACACCAUCACACAGUUUAGCUACUUGGAGAAGCUUUUGUUGGUUCAUGGAGCUUGGAAUUAUUAUCGAGUGACCAAAUGCAUAUUGUAUUCUUUCUCCAAGAAUGUAGUACUAUAUGUCAUCGGGCUUUGGUUCACCUUUUUUAAUGGAUUUUCUGGGCAGAUUUUAUUUGAACGUUGGUGUAUCAGCCUGUACAAUGUGAUUUUCACUUCAUUACCACCUUUAAUUCUGGGAAUCUUUGAAAAGUGUAGCAGUCAGGAGAGCCUGCUUAAGUAUCCUCAACUCUAAGUUUCUCAAGCAGGGAACACUUUCAACACAAAGAUGUUCUGGAUUCAUUGUGUAAAUGCUGUGGUCCACUCUUUCAUUCUCUUCUGGUUCCCCACAAAAAUGCUGGAGAAUGAUACUGUCUUACAACGUGGUUAUACUACAGACUAUUUGUUUCUUGGAAUUCUGGUAUAUCUUUAUGUGGUUGUUACUGUUUGUCUGAAAGCUGGAUUGGAGAUAAAGUGA